AAAAAAGAAAAAAGUAAGACAGCCUUGAAUUUAUCAACACUGUACUACAAAACAAGUGAAUACAAGAAAGCACAAGCAAUCCUCGAAAGGGUACUCUGCGUUAACAAAGAAAUCGAAGACAAAGACGUAGAGGCGUCAUGCUACAGAAACCUAGGAGCUGUGUUUAAAUCUGUCGGUCAAUAUGCCAAGGCUAAAGAAUAUCUUCAUAAAGCGCUUACCACCAACACAGAAAUUGGCAACAAAGACGGACAAGCGUCAUGCUACAUAAACCUAGGAAUAGUGUUUGAACGUGUCGGAGAAUAUGCUAAGGCUGAAGAAUAUCUUCAAAAAGCACUUACCAUCAAGACAGAAAUUGGCGACAAACAGGCAGAAGCGUUAUGCUGCGGAAUCUUACGAAUAAUGUUUGAAUAUGUCGGAGAAUAUGCCAAGGCUGAAGAAUAUCUUCAAAAAGCACUUACCAUCAACACAGAAAUUGGCGACAAACACGGAGAAGCGUUAUGUUACAUAAACCUAGGAAAAGUGUUUAAAUCUGUCGGAGAAAAUGCCAAGGCUGAAGAAUAUCUUCAUAAAGCACUUACCAUCAACACAAAAAUUGGCAACAAAGACGGAGAAGCGUUAUGCUACAUGAACCUAGGAUCCGUGUUUGGAUCUGCCGGAGAAUACGCCAAGGCUGAAGAAUAUCUCCAUAAAGGACUCACCAUCAAGACGGAAGUUGGCAACAAAGACGAAGAAGCGUCAUGCUACAUGAACCUAGGCUUGGUGUUUGAAUCUGCCGGAGAAUAUGCCAAGGCUGAAGAAUAUCUUCUUAAAGCACUUACCAUGAAGACAAAAAUCGGCGACAAAGACGGAAAAGCGUCAUGCUACAAAAAUUUAGGACAUCUAGUAUUUAAAGUUGGCGAAUGGGCGAAGGCUCAAAAAUAUUUUGAGAAUGCUCUUCAAAUUAUCAGGGGGACUGGAAACAUCGAAAUGCAAUUUAGAACUUUCCUUUUUCUACAUAAAUGUUCUUUAAAAAUAACAGGGAACACAUCUGAAGCCUUAUCGAAUCUCAGGACAAGCAUUCAAAUUUGCGAAAAAAUGCUUCUUUCCUUAGGAAGUAAAGAUCGCCGCAAGAUAUUAUUUUUUGACGAACACGCGUCUCCCUAUCGGCUGUUUUGUUCAUUGAGUUGUUCUUGUGGGAAACCCUAUGAAGCCUUACACGUUGCUGAACUUGGACGGGCCAGAGCUCUAGCAGAACUUAUGUCAAAUCGGUACUCGAUUAAAAAAGAAAUAUCCCUCAACAUACAGUCGUUUGUUGACAUCGAGGAAGUAAUUACGAAAAAUGGCAACAGCACCUGCCUAUACAUCUCCUAUGACUACAAUAACGAUAUAUUUUUGUGGGUUUUGGCACAAGGGAAACCGGUAGCUUUCCGAAAAACGAAACUUUGUGAAAGCUAUGUUAGCAAGCACGGCAAAGUCUCUGUGGAUGACCUAUUUGGAAACGAAAGCUUAUUAAGAAAUUUUCACGUUUUACCUCAAGAGCAAUGCGAAGACCGAUCACUCUUCUCUUCAUACGCCAACCAAAUUACAAACGAAUCAAAUCUCUCAUCCUCGCGUCUUUCGUUAGAUGAGGAUAAAGUAAUCACGGACUCUGAACUGCUAACACUUUUUCACGUUUACAAUAUGUUGAUUGCUCCCGUACGUGAUUUGCUAGAAGGAUCUGAAAUCAUUGUUGUUCCCGAUCGCUGCUUCUUCCAAGUUCCCUUUGCAGCAUUACAUGAUGAAAGUAACCGCUAUUUAUCAGAUUCUUUCAGGAUACGCAUUGUCCCUUCUUUGACGACUCUCAAGCUCAUUCUGGACAGUCCAGCGCACUCUCACAGCGAAAAAGGUGCAUUAAUUGUGGGUGCGCCAAGUGUGACGGAAGUGUAUUUCGAGGGAAAGUUAAGGUAUCUCUGUCCAUUGCCUGGCGCAAAAGCGGAAGCAGAGAUGAUUGUAAUACUACUACCUAAAUCUCACCUUUUAAUAGGAGAGCGAGCAACAAAGCAGGCAGUUCUUCAGAGAAUACAGUCAGUGAGUCUCCUGCAUUUCGCUGCUCAUGGUGAUGCCGAAAGAGGAGAAAUUGCUCUUACCCCCGCCGACUCCACAAUGGGGACUCCACAUGAAGCAGACUACUUACUGACCAUGACCGACAUUUCGCAAGUCAGACUGUCAGCCAAACUGGUGGUCCUUAGCUGUUGCCAUACCGCACGUGGACAGAUCAAAGCAGAAGGCGUUGUUGGAAUCGCUCGAGCAUUCUUAGGAUCAGGUGCACGGUCAGUGUUGGUGGCAUUGUGGGCCUUAUUAGACAGAGCAACAGAGCAGUUCUUGAGAAUAUUCUACGAAAACCUUGUCCAAGGAGAAAGUGCAAGUGAAUGUCUUCACCGGGCCAUGAAGUGGAUGCGAAAUAACGGUUUCUCUGAAGUGAGGCAGUGGGCACCUUUCAUGCUGAUUGGGGAUGACGUGUCAUUUCACUUUGAUGAAGAAAAGUGA